AUGUCUAAUUCCAGGCCUUGCUCGAAAUGCAAUAUUUGGCUAGCAACACUACUGGGACUAUUUCUCCUAGUAAGCAUAGGCUUAUUCAUUGCUUGGGCACUAACAAGUGAUGGAUUCUCCAAUCUUGGCACUCUUCCAAAAGUGUGCACUUCUCGGGAUUGCAUCGACACUGCAUUUCGUUUCACGAACAAUAUAGACGACACUAUGGAUCCCUGUGAGAAUUUCUAUCGAUACUCUUGUGGAAAAUUUCAUCGUCAAGAUCCUGAGAAGCAGUUAAAUUUUGUGAAGUUUCAAACAGAAGCUACUCGCCGUGCUCUAUAUGGCUUACUCUCAUCUGCCGACUCCAAUGACACCAGUAAAACAGCCAAAAUGGCCCGUAGCGUAUUCGCUUCUUGUAUGGACACACCACAAAGGACGAAGCUUGGCUAUGCUCCGCUUCUAGAUCGUUUGAAGAAUCUGCCAUGUGGGCCAAUAUUGGCUGGAUGUAACUUCAAUCCAACAUCAUAUAGUUGGGAACGUCACAGUGGAAUGCUAGGCUGGUAUGCUGGAGAAUUUAACUUGAUAGUGUUUGAUACAGAUUUGCAUCCGCAGGACCGCACUCAAAUCACAUUGCAGUUCCGGCCACCCGAUAUCUCCGAAAUUGUCGAUCCCGUUCGCCAAGAUCUUAUACGUCUUGCUAAUCCGGGUCCUACAGAGAUCGACACUCUGCUGCAGGUUCAACUCACUCAGAAUCUUACAAAAAGCACCUUACUGAAAUUAAUUCAACCGGAUGAGAAGCUUAGGCAAAACAUGCUGGACGAAGUCUCACAACUGAUGAUUGAUCUUGACAAGAUUUCAACAUCUACACCAUCGAACAUCACGUAUAUGACUUUCGGCGAACUCAAGCAAGCAGUACCGCAAAUUUCAACAGCUACACCAUCCAACAUCACGUAUAUGACUUUCGGCGAACUCAAGCAAGCAGUACCGCAAAUAGCAUGGGACAACUUGCUCUACGCGGAGUUAUCAGCUCUCAUAAAGCUGACAGACGCGUCAAUGAUCUCUGUAAUAAAUCUCAUCUACUUUCAACAAUUAGCUCUACUCGUAUCAAGACAUCCACCUCAAGCCUUGGCCAACUACCUUGUUGUAGUUACAGCUAAACAUUUGGAGCAGUUCAUCUAUAACGACCAACCGAGUUGGGAGCAAUGCAUAGAAAACAUGAAACCUUUUGAACCAGUUCAGAAGCUCUACAUACUCAGCCAUAAUGACCAUAACUUAGAUAAGGUAAGUUUAAUUGAUAAAUUCAUUACUGAAACAAAAAAGAUGGCAGUUUCAACUUCAGAUUUAUAUUACAUAUCAUUUCAAAAAACCUUUUUUUCACAAGAUGGCUUUCAAAUACAGUUUUUAGAUCAAAUCCUUUCUCAUGGACAUGAAAAAAGCUUUUCUUCUUUCACAUCAAGCCAGAUUUCUUCGAUACUUGAGUGAAA